AUGGGCUGCUAUGAGACGAUGCCCCUGGAAACGUCACCUCUCCUGUCUGAACCUCUUCCCCAAAAUGGCCUCCUGGGCGAUGAGAGCAACGUCGAAAACGGCCGCAAGAAGCAUCCCAUGGCCGACAAGAUGCACAUCUUGCUUCCCGCCAUAGGAGUUGGCGUCUAUCUUGUAGCCGUCGACCAGCUCCUUGCAGUUGCGACAUAUGCCAAGAUUGGCAGCGAGCUCAACGCCCUGAACAACACGAGCUGGAUCGCCACAGCAUACUUCCUCACCCUCACCAGCUUCCAGCCCCUCUACGGCAAGCUCAGCGACAUCUUCGGCCGCAAGGCAUGCCUCCUGUUCGCAUACGCCGUCUUCGGCAUCGGCUGCCUGGGAUGCGGUCUCGCUCAGAGCAUGACGCAGCUCUGCAUCGCGCGGGCGGUUGCUGGCAUCGGCGGCGGAGGGAUGAGCUCCGUCGUGUCGAUUCUGUUUUCUGACAUCGUGCCGCUGCAGGAGCGCGGUGUCUGGCAGGGCUAUCUCAAUGUGGUGUAUGCUGCUGGGACUUCGACUGGAGGGCCCCUGGGAGGCCUGUUUGCCGAUUCUCUGGGAUGGCGAUGGUCCUUCAUGAUUCAAGCCCCUUUAUGCCUGGUCGCCUGGAUCUCGGUAUACUUGAUCCUCGACCUGGAACCCCCCUCCAAAGACCAACACUGGGUCGCCAAAGUCCGCCAGAUCGACUUCCUGGGCGCCUUGACGCUCGUCCUCGCCGUCGUCUCUCUCCUCACGGGCCUCGACUCGGGCCCCAACCUCGGCUGGUCCCACCCCGUCACGGUCGUCUCCCUGAGCCUCACGCCGUUCCUCCUCGCCCUCUUCCUCCUCGUGGAGAUGCGCAUCGCCAAGCACCCCUUCGCCCCCGGCCACAUCAUCCUCAGCCGCGACCUGCUGCCCUGCUACAUGGUCAACAUGUGCGGCAUGGCCGGCGAGAUGGGCGUCAUGUUCUUCGUGCCGCUGUACUUCCAGGCCGUCGAGGGCCUCAGCGCCACGGCCAGCGGCUCCAUGCUCGUGCCCGCCACCAUUGCCGGCGUGCUGGCGUCGCUCGCGGGCGGCUGGGUCAUCAAGCGGACGGGCAGGUUUUACUGGCCGACCGUCGCCAGCUACGGCCUGCUCUUCUUGUCCAUGAUACCCCUGGUCGUGUCCGUCUGGUUCCGCUCGCUCUUUGGGGUGAAUGCUGGCUUCGUCCUGUCGGCCGUUGGCAACGGCGGUGGCAUCACCACAAUCCUCAUCGCCCUCCUCGCCAACGCAGCGGCCCAAGACUCCGCCGUCGCCAUCGCCUGCUCGUACCUCUUCCGCUCGCUCGGCUCCAGCGUCGGCGUCGGCAUCAGCUCGGCCGUGCUCCAGCAGGUCCUCCGGCAGCAGCUGUCCUCUCGCAUCGGCGACGACGGGCAGGUCGAGGAAAAGGUGCGGCAAAGCCUGGACGCGAUCAGGGAGCUGCCGCCGCUGGUGGCGGAACAGGUGCGCUCGAGCUACCGGGUGGCCACGAUGGCGUCCUUUGCGCCGUCGCUGUGCUUUGGGCUCGUGUGCUUUCUUGCUACGUUUUGGGUCAAGGAGAAGUCGCUGGAGCGGUAG